AUGUCUAAUCGUCGAUUAGUGAGUUACAUCGCUCAGGAAGAACCAGCUUUCAUAACUAAAUUCAAAAAUAAAAUUGGUUAUGUAGAGGAAAUUGUUCCAGAUGUGAAUUCAAAGUUUUCUAAAAAUGAAGAUAAGGUUGAAAAAUUGAGCAAAAAAGAAUUAAUAAAAAAAAAGAUGGCGGAGUACAACAGUGAUGACGACGAAGAGGCCAAACCCCAGGUUGUGGCCCUCAACAAUGGAGAUCUCACUGAAGAGGAAGCUAUGAAGCUUGAUGUUAAAAUUAGUGAUAUUGAAGAUGAAGCAAAUGGGAGAAUAUUGUUUAAAAAGCCAAAAAAAAGAACAGCCCCAAAUUCAGAUGCAGGUUCAAUCACAACUUCAUCUGUCAAAAGGUCUAAGGUGGAUGAU